AUGUUCUACAAGCUGCUCCUACUGGUUGUCGGUGUUCUUCAUUGUGGUAUCUCCGCAAAAACAGACCAUUGGAACGAAGAGACAUCAGUCGAUGAUAGUUUUGGGGCUUCGUUCUAUAAAUUUUGCGACCUCCUUCCUCUCCAUGCGAAUGAAAAUCUUCUCGAAGGAGGCUUUGAUGCGAUCCAAUCCUGUAUAAAACUUUGGCACAAUAACGACAUCCGUCCGGCAGAACCUUUUACUGACGACGAUGUGGUCAGUUUUGUUAUGGUACCCUCCAUCACGUGA